UUUCGAAAACAGACUAAAAUUUGGGGGAAAAAUAAGAACGAUGAGGGAAAGUACACUACAAGACAAAACAACAUAUGAGCUAAAUGAAGUUGGGUGUGUGUCUGUUACUGUCGUGUGUGGCACUGUGUUGUGUUGCGGACAAAAACCACAACAACCGAAGAGAAGGUUCCUGUGCUCUCUCUCUCUGUGUGCGCGCGCGCUUCCAUCACCAUCUUAUCUUCACUCCUGGGUGUUUUCUGACUGGUUUUCUGAAGCUGUUUCCCUAAUUGAUGUGCUGAGAGAUGCAUGAAUUCUCUACUGUUGAUGGUUUUGUGGAAAUAAGUGAAUGCAUGGCGGAGAUGAUUAAAUUUGUGGCUAACGAACCAUCUGUGGGGCUUUACUUUAUCCAACAACAUGCUCAAAGUGCAGUGCCCAUUGUUGUCAAAGCUAACAAAAAUAUUGUUGAAAAGGUUCACGAAACAACUUUGCACACCGAAGACUUGGCGGACUCUAUUACAGCGGUUCGAUCAAUGANAGAGUGUGGAUUUUCCAUAGUCGACGAGAUGAUAGUUGACAUCAACAAAUCUCUGGAAAUCAUGAAAACGAAACAACCAAAAAGAAGGUUAAUCCAUUCAUCAACAUCAACACCAAAAUCCCAAAUAGAGAGAACUACUUUUUGGGGUAAUCAUGCAUUUUAUCCUCAGGAAGGUGACGAUAAAAAGAGUAACUAUUUCUCAAAUGUUAUAAAGUCAGCAAAACAGAAGAUUAACAGUCUCAAGUUGCAACAGCCUGAUGGUAAGGGGUCAUUAAGUUCGGAGGAAGAGAAGUCAGAAUAUCUUGAUUUGCCAUUUUCAAUCACAUCAGCCAGCAUAACUUCAUCUUUACAGGUCAGCACUGAACGUAAUGAGUUGCCUAUAACAAGCCAAGUUGAAGAUGAGUCUCAAAAUGAACAGACUAAUGUUAGUGAUAUUAGCAUCAAGUUGUUGUCAGUAUCAGAAAGAUAUGACGACUUCAAAGCUAAUAAAGAAGCUAAACUAGAGGAGUGGCUUGAAGGAACUAGCAACCAUGACGAUUAUUGUGAUACAGAUGGUGAAAAAAGGGGUAAGAAGCUUGUCCCGAGCGAUGAGAAGAUAAAAGAUGGAGACAGUGGCUUCUAAGGUCAUGUACUAAUGCAAGAUAAGUUUGAUCGACACAUGUUCUCAAUUUCAAAUGAUUAGAUUUUAGUCUGUGAAGUUUUGAGAAGAUUGAAACCUUGUAAUUGCAAACUCGAACUUGUUACAAAAUAUUGCAGCUGUAAAUUGUAAUGUUCAGGGGUCCGUGUUUACUGGUAGACACCACAAUUGCAACAAAACUGACCCUGAAGAUAUUUUUUUGCAAUUGCAGACCCUGUUACAGAUUGAUUGGGUUCUAUUUGUUUUCCCCUUUUCA